AGACAAACUGGGCGAAGGCGUUAAACCAGAAGAGGUUCGCGCAUGGACAGACGAAACAAAAGCGAACGAUAUAGUCGCUAUCGAGGAGGCGAUCUCUGAGUUAGAGACGGUAAUUACAACUGCGAAAGGAAAAGAACUGCGUCGAAAGGAGAACUUGACCGCUCAAGUCAGAGACGAAGAGUACCAAGAGAAACUUAAAUUCGACAAGGAGUCGCUAGAGUUAAAAUUGUAUUACGAGAAGAAAAUAGUCGAAGAACGAGCGAAAAAGCCGAGCGAGAGCGGACCGCAAAAACCCAAC